GUAAGAAAUCAAAAUUUUCGUGAAAGUUUUUUCCUAAAAGUUGAUGAACCAUUUUUGAAAUUUAUGCUAAAAAUUGAGGAGACCUUAGUGUUUUCCAAGACUUCAAAACAGAAAUCCAAUUUUAGGGUUUUCUUCAAUCCCUCAAAAUUCAUGGAUAUCGGCCACGACAUCUCCCGGUGGAUUCUUGAAUUCAUCCUCCGAAAGCCUCUCGACGAUGCAACGUUGGCGGCUCUUAUUCGGGUCCUCCCUCCUCCGGACAACAACCCGGGUCUCGCGAAGUCUAUCCUCCUUAGAGAAAUCGAGUCGGAGGUUUCAAAUGGUUCUGUUUCCGAGAAAAUCGUCGGUCUCCUCGAGAAGUUUGAAGAGCUGGAUUUUCGAGAAGGAAUUGAGGCUUCUGAAGCGUUAAAAGCUGCUUAUUGCGCUGUGGCAGUCGAUUGCACUGUGAGGUUUUUGAAGAAAGGCGGGGAGAAACGUGAUAAAGGCGAGUACUUUAGUGCCGUGAAAAGAUUAUGGAGGAAGAGGAUCUGCAGAAUGGAGAAAUGGGAAAAUGUAGGUCUUGUCUCUGAGGAUUUGUCGAAUUGGAGGGAGCAAAUCGAGGCAGCUGUGUGGGAAGACAGCUGUGAGAAUGUGAUAAGAAUGAAUGAAGGGGUUGAUGCCGCCGGGACUGUGAAAGCGUUUGUUAAAGAAACAAGGGAGAAAAUGGGGCCUUCAUUUCUUGAAUUUGUGGCCGCGACGCUCAGGAGAGACGAUGAUUUAAGAGAGUCUCUUAUAUCAGAGAACAGAAAAGAUCAGAGCCAAUGUACGGGGAAGGUCGUAUCUUUGCCAAGUUCUGGCCAGGCAAAGACACACCAAAAUAUUGAUAAAGAGUUUCUAAAUGGAAAACCGGCGACUAAGCAGAAGCAUGUUGCAUGUAAGCGCACUAGAGCAACCCUGGGCGGGACAUCCAGAGGAGCUAAGAUUGCUGAUAUGGAUGACCCAAGAGUUGAAGCAUCAAACAGACAGUGCGGCUUGCCAGAUACUCCAAAGGUCAGUAAUGCACAAAAAGAACUUGAAAAAAGUUCCAUGGAGUUGCAUGCUGCGGUUAAGGAUCCACUGCAAGAUGCUCUACUCAUCGCUGCAACCAUUAUGUGUGAUAUGGCUAGGGGAAAUUCAGGCAAUCCACACAUACAAGAAAAUCCUGAUAAUGCCACUUGUCCUGUGGGUGGAAGCACUGGUGGUGUUGUUGCAACACAUGGGGGAAAUCUGAAUAACAAUUGCAGCCCACAUCGAGCUAAUCCAUCCAAGCGAAGCUUGAUGGAGCGGAGGAGUACAGCCCAUGCAAUAGAGUGGGAUGAUUCCAUUGAAAAUUGUUCAACUGAAGGAUCACCCAGUCAUGGAAGAAGACCUCAGUUACCUAGCCCCCAAAAAAGGAAUUCUUCUCCUUUGAAGGAGUAUCAGAUAAAGAAUUUGACAAAGAGGAGAAAGAUAAAAAAAUGGAGUUUGAUAGAAGAAGAUACAUUGAGGACAGGGGUCCAAAAGUUUGGGAAGGGAAAUUGGAAGUUCAUUCUACAUGCUUAUCGCGACAUAUUUGAAGACAGGACUGAGGUUGACUUAAAGGACAAGUGGAGAAACAUGACGCGGUAUUAACGGGACUAUUAGAGCAAAAUUCAUGUACUCAAUUGGGUUUACUGGUGAAAGUGUGAAACCAUUGUAUAGCCUUUUUGUCUCUCAAAGCCAUUGGGCAGGGCCGGUCUAGAGGGUAGUGCCCCCAAAAUUUAGGGGCUUUUUGGAAGAGGUUGUCUUAAACAUUGAUUACUCAAUCUUGGUGAAGAGCUGUUGCUGGGUGUUGACAAUGCAGGAAAAUAGAUUAUGUUUGUUCAAGUAAAAUACUUUAGGCCCCGUUUGGUAUACGGAAUUCAAUCUAUGGAAUUGGAAUUGAGAACUUCAAUU